GUGGUCGGAGACCCCGCAGCCGGCGCCGGCGCCGGGGCCAGGGCCGAGCUCCCCGCCCCAGAGCCGUGGCGCCUGCGCUGCCCGGACGCCCCGGGGCGGCGGGAGCUGCGCGGUGGCUGGCUGGAGCCCCAGCGCGCAGCCACGAGCAGGUGCUGGAGCCGCUCCUGGCCCUCCUGCCGCGGGCAUGGGGGCGCGGCGUGCAGACCUGCGCCCCGGCCGGCCGAGGGGGUUCAGCGGGGCCAGGGGGAGCGUAGCAUGCAGUUGGCUAAACUAACUGGAUUGAAUUUAGUUCGGUGUGCUUUAAUGUAGCUCGGUAACUUCAUCGCUGUGCUUUAAGGGGUCGCUGCUGCACUCCUCGUGCAGUGACUCUUGCGUGAGCUCAGUAGCCGCGCGCUCGCUGUGUGCUGUGCGUACGGCAGGCGUGGGUGAAGGGGUGAACGGCAGUUUUGAGGAGGAGCAGGGAGAGCAGAAGUAGCUGUUUGUGUAAGCACCGAGGCGCCAGAUGUGUAAAUGAGCAGCCAGUAUGCUAAUUAACGGACGGCCAAAGAACCCCUUUGAAGCCGAGGGCACAAGGGAGAUGGUGAGGGAAGGAGCGCUGCCGUGUGCGCAACAAGGACGCUUCAAGGCUGAGACCCAGUUUUACGACCUUGAGCUGAGAUAAGCAGAAGAUGGAUGCAAAACAACGGUUGAAACACAGGCUACGCGUGGAAAACCCCCAAAAUGCUGAGCAAAGACUGGUAAACCCUAUAAAAGGACGAGCCGCACAAUGCCGGGUUGGGUGAGUCUCUUCUCUUGCUGUUUCACGGGAGCACGGACGCGUCUGUUCACCCCGCUCCAAGCUGCAAUCUCAAAACUUCGUCGUCUACUCGAUACGCCUGGAGCUGGCCACCCUGGGCUCGUGCUGAGCCUCUGUUGCUGGUCACAGCGAGGGUGAAGGUCAUGGACGUGCGCGCAGAUGAGAUGCAGCCCACGGGGCCACGGCGGGAGCCUGGUGAUGCCUGGCUGGACCAGCCACAGGCCCUUGGUGCUGACAGGCCACUGGAGGAGGCAGGACAGAGGGAAACCCUGGGGCCUUGGGACCAGCCCCCCUGUGUCCCUGAGGAGGAGCCCCCGCCUCGCCAGGAGUCAGGUGCUGGGAUCCUGAGGAGAGCUGAGCAGAAGCCUCCUGGAGAAGAGCCUGUAACCCUGGAGCUGCACAGGGCUUCCCCAGGGAGCCUGGAGGAGAGGGGCUCCCCGACACAUGAGCUGGGCCAACUGCAGAGGCGGCAGAGCAAACCUGCAAAGCAGAGGGAGAGCUUGGGGCUCCGGGAGGUGUUUGAGGAGGUGGCUGUGUAUUUCACACGGAAGGAGUGGUUGCUGCUGGAAGAUGAGGACAAGGUGCUUUACCGGGACCAGAUGCUGAGGAAUUUCCAAGCCCUCGUCUCCCUGGGACAUCGAGGUCCCACACCCGACUUAAUCUGCCGCAUCCAGCGAGGCCCGGAGGACCUGUGGGUCUGUGAUGUUGAGGAUGGUGGGGAAAUGUCCAGGUCAGAGGAGCUGCUGCCAGGAGGUGCCUGGCUCCUUAGAGGACCCAAGGAGGAGGCUCAUGUGGAAGGGCCUGCAAAUGCGGAGUCACCAUGGACUUCCCUAGGGAGUUUGGGUGAGAUGGACUCCCCGAGACCUGAGAAGGAGCAGUGGCCCAAGAAUCAGGGAAGACCCCAGAAGCAGAUGAAGAAUGUAGCACUGAACCAGCACCGACGCAUUCACCUGGGGAGGAAGACGCACCACUGCACUGAGUGCAGGAAGAACUUCACAUGCUGGCAAGACCUGUGCCAGCACCAGUGUGUGCAGAGUGGCGACCAGCCGCACAAUGGCACCCAGGGUGAGAAGAGCUUCAGGCAGCCCUCCAACCUGGCCAGGCACUGGUGCAUGCACGCAAGGGAGAAGUCACAUCAGUGCUCAGAGUGUGGGAAGAGUUUCGACUUGUCCUCCAAAUUAACCAAACACCAGCUCAUUCACACAGGCAAGAAUCCACAUUGGUGCUUGGAGUGUGGGAAGAACUUCACUCGCUCCUCCAGCCUGGCUGAGCACCAUCGUAUCCAUACAGGAGAGAAGCCAUAUCAGUGCUUGGAGUGUGGGAAGAGCUUCACUCGCUUCUUCAGCCUGGCUGAGCACCAGCAUAUCCACACCGGGGAGAAGCCACAUCAGUGCUUGGAGUGUGGGAAGAGCUUCACCCGAUCGUCUGACGUGGGGAAGCACCAGCUCAUCCACAUGAGGGAGAAGCCACAUCAGUGCUUGGAGUGUGGGAAGAGCUUCUCUCGCUCCUCCAGCCUGGCUGAGCACCAGCAUAUCCACACAGGAAAGAAGCCACAUCAGUGCUUGGAGUGUGGGAAGAGCUUUGUUCGCUCCUCCAACCUGGCUGAGCACCAGCAUAUCCACACAGGAAAGAAGCCACAUCAGUGCUUGGAGUGUGGGAAGAGCUUUGCUCGCUUCUCCAGCCUGGCUGAGCACCAGCGUACCCACACAGGAGAGAAGCCACAUCAGUGCCUGGAGUGUGGGAAGAGCUUCACCCGAUCGUCCGACCUGGUACAGCACCAGGUCAUCCACACAGGAGAGAAGCCACAUCAGUGCUUGGAGUGUGGUAAAAGCUUCACUCGCUCCUCCAACCUGGCUGGCCACCAGCGUAUCCACACAGGAGAGAAGCCACACCAGUGCUUGGAGUGUGGGAAGAGCUUCACCCGAUCGUCCGACCUGGGGAAGCACCAGCUCAUCCACACAGGAGAGAAGCCACAUCAGUGCCUGGAGUGUGGGAAGAGCUUCACUCAGUCCUCCAGCCUGGCUAAGCACCAACGUAUCCACACUGGAGAGAAGCCAUAUCAGUGCUUGGAGUGUGGGAAGAGCUUCACUCAGUCGUUUAGCCUGGCUAAGCACCAGCGUAUCCACAUGGGAGAGAAGCCACACCAGUGCUUGGAGUGUGGGAAGAGCUUCACCCGAUCGUCCGACCUGGUGCAGCACAAGCUCAUGCACACAGGAGAGAAGCCACACCAGUGCUUGGUGUGUGGUAAAAGCUUCACCCGAUCAUCCGACCUGGGGAAGCACCAGCUCAUCCACACGGGACAGAAACCACAUCAGUGCUCGGAGUGUGGGAAGAGCUUCACUCAGUCCUCCAGCCUGGCUAAGCACCAGCGUAUCCACACGGGAGAGAAGCCAUAUCAGUGCUCGGAGUGUGGGAAGAGCUUCACUCAGUCGUUCAGCCUGGCUAAGCACCAGCGUGUCCACACGGGAAAGAAGCCACAUCAGUGCUUGGAGUGUGGGAAGAGCUUCACCCGAUCGUCCGACCUGGUGCAGCACCAGCUUAUCCACACGGGUGAAGCGACUUUGUUACUUAAAAUUUUUAAUUGCUCAAAUUAAGGGCGAGACCUUAUAAAGGGUGAUAAGGCAAAAAUGCCAGAUUUAUCAAUUACAUGAAGCAAUUACAUAAACUUGGACACUCCAGUUAUAGAAACAGACAUACACCAGCAUAUGUACAAAGAGACACAGUCGCACAUACAGACCAAACCACUCCAGUAAGAUGUUAUAGUUACCAGCAGAAGUCACUCAAUAUUAGCAAUGUGUGGCUGGGUCCAGGCUUGUUGAGGGUGACAGAAGCGAGGGAAGAACAGACGUGCAUGCCUCUGCUCCAUGAGGUUGCAGGGAGCGGAUUCCCCAUCUUGGUUUGUCUGCAUCUCACUUUUAUAGGGAUUUCAAGUCUUUGUUCAGCCUUGGGGUUUUUCCAUGCUCAGUCAUUCCAGUAAAGUUGGUUAUCUCCGA